CUACGACCGUGAGCACGCCUUGGAUUAGGCAAAUAUACAAUGUAACCUCUGAAUCAAAGCCAUACGUUGAAAUCGAAUAAGAUGUAUACAACCGAAUAGAAGUAUCACAAUCAAUUGAUAUCAGUUUACUACUAUAUAUGAAAUGUACAAUCAAUAACCACCAGAACGCCGUAGAUUCAGUGGAAAUCAGGAAUGUUUGUUCCGAGUGCAAAAACAAAACGGAAGCUGAUUUGCCCUUCCCGUGAAGUCCACAGAGAGAUCUUCAGCCACUAGUUCUUAAGUACAGCACUCACAUGGACGCUGCUAAGUGGUGAGACUUCACUGACCUUCCCUGCACUGAGAAACGGCACAAGAGUCUUCCGGCUCCGGAGCUGUGGACAGUGUCCGAGUGCAUGUCUCAUCGCUCUAAGAACCCUUCCCACUCUUCAAGAACCUACCCGUCAAAAGAGCUCUGCAGCCGCUGAGUUAGUUGGUCAGGCCUUCUAUCCAGCCCCUCAGCAUCAGGACUUAGAGAGGUGGCAGCCCCCACCGGCCCCUGUGACUGGAGCUGUUCAGGGGGGAAGGGAAGGAGACCACUGACUGGUGCAUCACUUUCCCUUGAGAUGAAGCUUCAAGCCGUGAUGGAGAACCUUCACAGGCAGCAGAGGGCCAAGUUGCUGAUGGAACUGGAGCAGCAGCAGCUGCAGCAGGGUGGCGCUCUGCAGGGUCACAGAUGUACCUCCGCCCGCAUUGGGGAUGAGCUGAUGGGAAGCCCCGCCCCUGAGGCGGAGCACGCCCAGAUGGCGGCGCUGGCAGCUAUGAGAGCAGUGGCGGCAGGGCUGCAGAGGGCCUCAGACAGCCCCACUUCAGAGCGCAGCAUUAAGGGAGAGGAGGAGGAUGACGAGGAUGAGGAAGGAGAGGAGCAGUACAAGGAUAUGAUGGACUCUGUGGAAGAGGAGCAGAUAAAGCAGAAGUGGGAUGAGGAGGACUUUGAGGGGGAGAUGGAGGAGGACUACGAGGACGAGCUAGUCAACGAGGGCCUGCCUACAGGCCGGGAGGCGGUGGCCCCGGGGAAGGGCAUCCUGCUGCUGCCUCACCGCCAGCUGCACCCCCACUCCCAACUGCUGAAACCGGCCCGGCCCAGCACCGACCUAGACCAGGAGCCCCGAGCGGCCAUCCUCCCCCCACAUGGAUCCCAGAGCCAGCUGGGUGGUCUGGACCAUGGGGACUGGACCUACGAAGAGCAGUUCAGACAGCUCUAUGAACUAGAUGGCGACCCCAAGAGAAAAGAGUUUCUGGAUGACCUAUUCAGCUUCAUGCAAAAGAGAGGAACCCCUGUGAACAGGAUCCCCAUCAUGGCCAAGCAGGUCCUGGACCUGUACAUGCUGUACCAGCUGGUGACAGAGAAGGGAGGCCUGGUGGAGGUCAUCAACAAGAAGCUGUGGAGAGAGAUCACUAAAGGACUCAACCUGCCUACCUCAAUUACCAGUGCUGCCUUUACUCUCAGGACACAAUACAUGAAGUACCUGUACCCAUAUGAAUGUGACAAGAGGAGCCUCAGCAACCCCAAUGAGCUCCAGACAGCUAUCGACAGUAACCGGCGGGAGGGCCGCCGGCAGAGCUUCGGCAGCUCCCUCUUCACCUACUCCCCCAAUGGGACCCCCACCAUGCUGUCCUCCUCCAAGAUGUCCAUGCAGAACAUGGGGAUGAACGUGACCACCAACGGAGCAUCUCUCACUCCCAUCCAGAAAAUCAAGAAAGAAGAUGAGGGCGGUCAGCCCCUGUCUGGCGUGGGCCGCAUGUCUGGGCAUCCUCUGGCGGGUCACUCGGUGGCAGUGGUGCAGGCGGCAGCGGCCCAGGCAGCCAUGGCGGCCCAGGUAGCGGCUCUGGAGCAGCUGAGGGACAGACUGGAGGCGGGCGAGCCCCCGGAGAAGAAGAUGGCUCUGCCUGCAGAGGAGCACCAGCAACUGCUGCAGAGAGCGUUGCAGCACAACCUGCUGGCCAUGACCGCCCAGAUGCCCAUGAACAUCCGCAUCAACAACCAAGAUGGCCGGCAGGACUCCGCUCUCAAUCUCACCACAAAUGGCAUGAGCAGCAUCAGUAUGUCAGUGGAGCUCAAUGGAGUCAUGUACACUGGUGUGCUUUUUGCUCAGGCAGCAGGGUCAGGCCCCUCUGGAUCAUCAAGUAACAACAAAGCCCCUGGUGGGCGCAGUGGAUCCCAGCCGCUACCCUACACACCUACCUCAAUCAACCCAUCAUCUUAACAACUCUUAACAACUCAACUCCUUCCCUUUUUGAUGCCAAAACUAAAGCCAAAAGAAACAACCACAUUUUCUAAAUAGCCUAUGCCAAAAAAACAUAUACAGCAAAACACAAACUAAAACUCAGUGUACUUCAAGUGGUCUCUCUCAGGUUCUCUCAUAUCUUCUCCCCUCUUCUGUUCUUUAGCCAAAAUAAGUUUGAAUAACCCAACAAAGAGCCGGUAUAUGAUUACGAUAUAUGCACAGCCUGUGAAUAAUUUAUUUCUACAUAAAUGCAGUGAUUAUCUAAGAACAAAUAAAAAUAAUAGGUUGGAAGGGUAAUGCACUGUUUACACAUUUAACACAGCUACUGACUCACAAUUAAACUUAUUUUAUUUUUAACAUUAUUAUUCUCAUCUUUAUUAUUAUUAUGAUUAUCAUCACUAACAAUAUAGUCAAUGCAAAAAAUAUAUAUAUUUGGAUUCUAUAAAAUUUUAAAUAUCUUCUAUUUUAAGUAGAAAAGCUUAAAAGAUUUAUUUCUUCAGGGCAUAACAAAGUAACAUUGUGACCUCAUGUUAUAGAAAACCUCUACAUUUGCAUAAUGCAGUCGCACACAAAUCAAUCUUUGCUGAGAUUUUCUAUUAAUUGUACCUCAGACACAGAUAACUUUUUUUUCCCCCCGGUGGAAGUCAACAGGAAUUGUUAAUUCUCAUUGGUACUUAUAUGUGCAGACAUGUUGGUUUUUCUCAGGUGUCCGCCAGCUUGCUGUGAAACAAUAACUGUGUGUUUCACUGCUCUAUGUUUCUGUCAUAGUUACAAACUAUACAACUGUAUUUGCUGGUUUGAGUGUUUGUUUCUUUCAUGACCCAUUUAAACCAUUUGUUUUUAGUUAUAGAAUUUUGUUUUCUAUCCGGUUGUCUCAUCAAUUACCCAGGGUCCUCUGUACUUUUAUAAGUAGAGGGAUCAUCACUCUGAAGUUAGCUGCUCUUUUGGAUGUCUUUACUUACAGCUUUUAGUAGGGGAUUGAUGGGUGCAGGAAUUCUUAGCUCUGCAAUAGUGCGGCUUUAAAACAGAGAUUUGGGGUUGAAGUAGCUUUACUUAGGGGCUUGAAAUCAUGUCUUAAAAGCACCUACACGUUGAUAUGACAUCUUCAUAACAACAAAGCGUUUAUGAAUUUAGCUACAUGCUUGCAUUAUGUAGCGCUGCUUAUGUAAAGGAUUGGGGUGGAAACAGCCAAUCAAUUCCUGUCUUUGGAUCAGCACUGCUCAGCACUGCUCUUUAAAUUGACCUUUUGACCCCCUUGUCCCCAAGGCAACAUCUGAGCAUCUGGUAAUUAAGAAAAUAUAUAUUUUUAUCAGGUAGGUAUCGAUUGAUUUGCAGCGCUCAGAAAUAUUUGCAUUUGAACUGCUAAGGUACCACAGCUACUAUGAAGGCUGUUUCUGCAUCUUCAAGAAACUGCAUGGAUUCACACUCAGUACUUUUUUUUGAAUUUAGAAUCCUCAGCGAGGGUGGAUUUUUGAAUUCAUUGUACUGACAAUCAGGAGAUGUUACAACAUUGUAUACCUCGUGUGUUCUAUUUUUCCACAAUGAAGCCCCUCUACCUCAAAGACUAUGAUUAGACUAUGUCUCUUGUAAGAUCAUUACACAGUACCUUAAUGAAGUAGUAUAUUGCGGUUAUAUCUUAAAGUGUGAUAUAUCAUGCUGCGCUUCAUGACUUGGGUUUAUACUGUACAAUGCAUUGACAGAUAAGAGAUUGUAGUUAGAUUAUGGUCAGGGAAUUCAGCUUUUGAUAAAUAAUGGUUGGAAGGAUAGAUUAUUGCAGACAAUCAUAUUAAACCUUUAAUCUUUCCUCUAUCAUAGCUGAUGAUAAUUACUUUGGAUUGUUUUGGCAACAUGCAAUGGAGACCAGGGUAGCCUCAGUCAGGAAUACUUAUUUUAUUGCUCUGGGAUGCUGCCCCCUGGUGGAUUUCUUUGUUACAGCGCACAAUCACGUUUCAGGGAUGGAUAUGGUUGUUUUUGGCCCUUAUAGCUAGCGUACAGAAGUAUUCUCUUUAAAAAAAUUACUUGCCUUUCCCCUGUUUAUAUUUGAUUGCAAGCCCCCCCCCCCCCCCCCACCCAUUUCUUAUUCUCAACCAAAGUUAAGAGACCUACUUAUUUCUAAUCAAAAUCAUUCCAUGAAUUUUCAGCCUUGAUAUGAGAUUUACCACUUGCUUUAACGAUUUGUUUGGUAGAUAGUAUAUCGCAGGGACAACCAAAACAUGUGGAGAUUAAAUGAAAUGUUAUGAUAAAAUAUCUGCUGUAAUUGCAAGAUGCCUUAUGCUGUGACAAUUCUUCUAUGAAUUAACCUGUAUAGAUAACACUUCUGAAAAGGCUUUGGAUGGCUGUGGAUAUGACUUACUUUGUUUUCACGUUUAAGUUCUUUCUUUAAAAAAUAUGAUAUAGAAACCUAGCACAGAGAUGACAUGUAUCAUAAUAUUAAUAAUAACAGUCAUAAUAUUAAUGACGAUAAUAGUAUUGUGAGAUUUGGGGAAGCACUAGGUUGACAUACCGGCCUUGGUUUUGUUAACUAUUUUGUUUUCAUGUACAGUACUUGGAAAUUCAGAGUAUAAAUGAGGCUUUUUGUCUUUUACUUCUCAGGAAUAUACUUCUACCUCCAGUUUUACAGAUGUAUCCCUGCUAGGGCUAAAGUUAGUGGGUGCACAAGGGGUCGCACUCUUCAUUGGUGUUCUAGUUGGUUUUUCAGCUUUCAACUACUUCUUAUAGAUACAGGCACAAAAGUAUUUUUAAUCUGUUCUGUACACGUGUGCAAUUAUUAUUAUUUUCUACGAUGAACCUUUCCACUGAAUGGGAUGCUUCCCAAAAUAUGAGGAAACAAGUGAAGUUGAAGUGUGGCAUGUGGUGCCUCUUUAAUAACCAGUUAUUAGUAUGGUGUAGUGCCCAAAUAACAGAUCAUCAACAUGCUUUUUAGAAUGUGUGACCUCUAAUGCUUUUAACCAUUUUCUGAGGGGUGAUGAACUAUUCUUGCAUAUUUAAUCAAUAUGUGUUUGUGUGAAUGUUUUAUUUGGGAUUUUAAUAAAUAUCACUUUUUCCUAGAAUGUCA